AUGAUCAAGCAAGUGUUGGAAGAUGCUGAUACACGCCCAGUUACUGAUAAGGCUGUGAAACUCUGGCUCAAGAAACUCCAAGAUGUUACAUAUGAUGCUGAUAACGUCUUGGACGUGAUCAACUAUGAAAACUUGAGUCGACAGAUCCAGAACCAGAGGAGUCCAAAAGUGUGCUUAUACUUCUCUUUCUAUAGGCCUUUGGCAUUCCGAUGGAAAAUGGCUCACAAAAUCAAGGAGAUAAAUGUCAACUUCGAGGAUAUAAACAAACGAGCUAAUGACCUUGGCCUCCGGAAAGUUGCUGACUUUGCUCUCUCUUUGCCUCCGGUCAUGGAAACUGACAGCAUAACUGUUGAUCCAAUUUAUUUAGGGAGACAAAAUGAUGAAUCAGAAAUAUUGAAGCUGAUGAUCAACACAAAUGGCGCAGUUAUUUCAGUCCUUCCCAUAGUUGGAAUGGGAGGGCUAGGCAAAACAACUUUAGCUCGGUCGGUCUUCAAUCAUCCGACCACAAGGAGCCUUUUUGAUGAAAGGAUUUGGGUAUGCAUCUCAAAAAAUUUUGAUGUGACGACAAUUUUUAAAAGAAUUCUGGAAGACACUUCUGAUGUAGACAACAGGGAAGCUAUAGUGAAAAAGCUUGGAAAGUGUCUAGAGCAUCUAAGCGUGACUGGAUGCAACAAACUCGUUUCUUUUCCAAUAGAUUUGGGUGAAUUGCCUUGUAUAUCAAUAUUAGAUAUAAGACGUUGUCGUGAAUUGAGGAGUUUGCCCAAGGGAAUUGGCCGUCUUAGCAAAUUAACAUACUUAGCCAUUGGUGGAUUCUCAGAAUUAAUUGAUUUCAACUCAUUCCAAGCUGCUCUCGACGGAAUCCAACAUUGCAAAUCCCUCCGGCGUUUGAGUUUACAUGGUCGGGAACAUUGGGACUCAUUGCCAUAUCAGUUUCAGCAUCUUCCUUCGCUCCAACGUUUUGGGUUAUAUGAUUUUGGAAUUGAAGCGUUGCCAGAGUGGUUCGGGGGUUUGUCAUCUCUUUUCUCAUUACAUCUGCGUAACUUAAAAAAGAUUAGGCAUAUGCCCUCUAAGGAAGCGAUGCAACGCCUCACCAAGCUAGAAAUUUUAGGUGUUCAUGAAAGUCCAUUGUUGGAGGAGAGGUGCAGGGAAGAAAGAGGCUCUGAUUCUGAGAGGUCAAAGAUUUCACAUAUUCCUUACAUAGAUGGACUGGGCCAACGUGGUUAUAUGCUAAUAUAG